UCUACGUGACUUUACCGAAAGAACCAAGAAUAUGACUCCACAAUGGUUGAAAGGGUCACGUGGGACGGCAAGACGCGCCGCGAUUGGCUGCCAGGGCUCGAGCCGCCGGCGUUUGAAUCCAAGAACCGAAUGCAGCCGAAAGCACGGAGACAGAGAGAGGAUCCAGUGUGGAGGAGCAGCAUGUGUUCGCCGGAGGAGUCUGUGCGUGCGCUUCUCACGUGGUUCCGUCAAUGCUGCCCGGGCCGCAGCGCGUGGGAACGCUGCACGCUGCUUGGGCCGCCGCUCACACUCGUGGCAGUGCAGCUCGCGAUGGCACAACUCAGCAAGCAGGCUGGAGGGGAGUUUGAGGCACCACUGGGGGAAGCAUUGUUGCUGCGGCGCUGGAUCUUCCAGGAUAAGCUAGCACUGGGGGGGCUGGCCAAAUGGGGGGCAGAGACCCCCCCGGAGCGCUUUGGCACCGUUCGGCAGGAGUACAUGGCCCUUCUGAAGGGCGGCAACCUCCUCGACCUUGCAGACGUGCUAUUGGCCUACCAGAAGGGAAACGCCAAGCAAGGAGACCGCCACAUAGGCCAGCCCGUACCCUCCCCUACGGAGCUCCUGGAGAUUGUAAGCGGAGCAGCCAUGACCUCACGACCUCUCCCUUCCACCCCCGGGUCCCAGCUUCUCUCCUACUCCAGACUCAAGGCCGGCCUGCGCAGUGCCCUAUGCUCUUACCUGAGCCUCCUUGUCAACACCAAGGAUGACCUCUCCCUGUCGCUGGUGCUCAAUCUGCCCGAACGCGGCCUGGACCAUGACGCCUUCACGGCGCUCAAGCGCGCAGCUAGGGCGAAGCAUACAUCUCUUCUGCUGGCCGCCACAUCGUUCGUGCGUCGCCUGGAGCUGGGCGGACGCAGUCGCGCAGUGGAACUGGACAACCCCCUGCUCCGCUACGCCCAGGGGUUCGGGGACCUCGUGCAGUUCCUGGACCAGCUGGUGGAGCUGCUGGCAGCGCACGACACUGAGCCCCGGCGGGCGUGUGAGCGUGUGCUCACCGCUGUGCGGCUGCGCCUACUGCGGCUGCGCGUGAUGGGUCACGCCGUGGGUCCCGCGCUCGACGAAGCGGCCGAGGAGUUGAGUGAGCGACUCAGGGAGGCAGAGGUGAUGCCUGCUGUGCACGGCAGCGCCAGCCCCGCUCAGCCCCGACUUCACGCCAUCAACCACGGCACGGCCAUGAGUGGGCGUGCCGCCCUGGCGCUGCUGCGUAGCCUUCUGGACUACGAGGCUGCGCUGGCAGGGGGGCUGCAUGGGAGGGAUGGUGGCUGGGACCCCGUGGAUGGAGGUGGCCUGGGACCUCUGCCCUGCCUUGCUCUCUUCAGGUCUCCUGAGCAGGCGAGCGAGCCGUCCCCAGAGCCUCUGGUGCAGCGUGUGCACAGGCGGUGCAAUCGCGUGCAGACUCCCACACGGCCCGGAUGGGUGCGUUCCCAGUUUGCCUGCACGUACAGGGAGGAGUUCCCCUGUGGCCUUGACCUGGCUCUGAGGGACGAGGAGGUUGAAGGAGGGGAGGGGGGAGGGGGGGAGCAGCGCCCUCCCCGGCCCUGUGGAUCUGCCUCACGACGCAUCCUGUGCGCCUCCGAGCCCGCGUUGUCGUCGUGCCCAGAGCUGUCGGUGGGGCUGGCCGAGCUGCAGGCCGCAUCUGUGGACCAAGGGUCAAGCAGCCGAACGCUCGUCCGUGGCAAGAGGCCGCCUCCCUCACCCAGGCGUUGCAACACAGGCUCUGAACCGCAACUCAAACAUCCUCGGGGGCUCGAAGUUGAGAAACGGGCCGUGGCACCAACGUCCAGGCAGGCGCGAGGUCGGGCGAGGCAACCUACGAAGGCCAAGCUGCUCUCAGGCCAGAUGAGGCUGACCAGCUUCUUCCGCAUGUGAGUGCCGGCUGCUAGGGGUCUUAGCUUGGCCGUGGCCACCACCUCUGGGUCGAUGUGGAAACCUGGCCUCCACGGCGUCAUGAAUGCUCGACGCUUCUCCAACCGUGCUCUAAAUCGGAGAGGGCACUGUGCCUGCAGUGCGGUAGUCACGCGACAUGCACGCAAGGCGUAUAGGAGUCGGGCCUCCCUGCCUGCCGUUUGCGAGCCGCACAGCUCUGCAUGGUUUUAUUUUGAUAAAACCCUUGGGUGCAAUGUGGCCUCGCGGUGCGUUUAGGGAGCGGAGGGAGGGGCAGGGAAGGUGAUCACUGCACGUGGAGUCUCCCUGAGCUCUGCCUGUGCUGGCAGCGCAGUUGUAGGGAGGGUUGAUUGGAGAGAGUGCAGCCUUAAGGCCUUUGUUGGAGAGAGGGUAGUGUCAGUGCAGGUGAGAGCAGGAAGAGGGACUGAGGGAUUUACAGAUGGUGCAGUGAGUGUCACAACCCCUACUGCUUUGCGUCCGAGGCACUUAGCAAGAGCAGACUCAGAUUUGGGGGUUAUAAUUGAGGAUCCUAAUUUAAUCAUCCAGAUGGCUUUGCGGUAGAGCGUCUUGUGAUGCCUAAGGGCUGUAAAUGCAGAGUGCUGUCUCAAUGCCAAUAUGAGCAGGACAUCACUUUGACAUCGUCAGGUUGGAGUCAAUGUUUCAUAUCAUGAUGUGCUGAUAAUUUAGGGUUUUACAUCGAUGUUUAGAGGCUUUAAUGGUUAAUGUCAGGGAAAGCGACUUAGGCAGAGUUUGUGCUCGAUGGGGUUAGGGCCAUGGUCAGGGUCAAGUUUGAGAUCCUUGGC